AUGGAGACACAACACGCGUUAUCCAUUCAGAGAUCAAGCCCAACACAACUUAGCAACCAUGGAACAACCAGAGCUCUAUCAUCAUCUUUCCCUGUUCAUCAUACCACUUUGGAAGAGAAGCAUCCCAAAUUGUUGGACUCUCAACUGUCUUCAACUAAUGGAGUUCUUCGCUCCACAGCUUUCCGCCAGUAUAUGAAAGAAAACAACACGAGUUCUUGGUCUACAGAUUCACUAUCAGAUUUUCUUGAUUACCCUGAAAGUAGCCCUAUUGAGCCAACUAAUUUACAACCCACUCCCACUGACAAUGGUUCUUGUGACCUGCCACCUGAGGAUUUUGCCAAACCAAAUGAUUGGCAGGAUUGGGCUGACCAGCUAAUCACAGAAGAUGAUGCUGCAACCCCAAAUUGGAAUGAUAUUCUAGUUGAUACAGAGCCAAAGCUGGAACUUCCUGUGGGGGGAUCAUCCACAAAGUCAAUGGAAGUCAAAAAGAUGGUUCCUGCAUCACCUGGAGAGUUAUGCAGCCCAAUGACACCAUCAUCAUGUGGGGGUGGAUCCCAAUCCCAAAACAAGCCAAGAAUGCGUUGGACACCAGAACUUCAUGAAGCAUUCGUGGAGGCAGUUAAUAAGCUGGGUGGAAGUGAAAGAGCUACCCCCAAGGGAGUAUUGAAGCAAAUGAAAGUUGAAGGCUUAACCAUCUAUCAUGUAAAAAGUCAUCUGCAGAAAUAUCGAACAGCUAGAUACAAACCUGAACCUUCAUCAGAAGGACCUUCAGAGAAAAAGCCUACUUCAAUGCAAGAUUUACCCUCCUUGGAUUUGAAAGCGAGUUUGGAGAUGACGGAAGCAUUACGAUUACAGGUGGAAGUUCAAAAAAGGCUACACGAACAACUGGAGAUUCAAAGAAACCUACAGAUGAGAAUAGAAGAACAAGGGAAAUACCUCCGGAUGAUAUUUGAGAAGCAAUGCAAGUUUGGCAUUGACAACCUCAAAUCUUCAUCAUCCCCCGAGAAAUCAGAAACCGAAUUAUUGACCAACGAGAUUUCAACUUCUCCGGUUUUAACAGAACCGGAACCGGAACCGGAACCAAAACCAGACCCUAUUAAAGUUGGAUCACCAUCAAGCAAGGUGGAAGUGGACCCCUUGGAAUCACAACCUGCAAAACGUGCUAAAUUAAACGACUCAUCAUAAGAGCCGUGACAUUCUGUAAAUAUAUGUACCAUCACUUGCUUUUCGAUUAUAAACUUCAUUAGUAGGUUGCGUCUGGACAAACUUUCUAGGGCAAUUUGUGAUGAUCGGAUGAGGAGGAGGGCUUUUAUGUUGCCGUCUUUUUCCAUGUCAAUGGGUGGAACUAAAAAUUGUAGUUUUCGAACCAUUGUUAUCAGUCUCAGUGUUGCAUGCCAAAUGCAGUAUAAGACUAUCAUGUUGUCGAGUCUAACGCUAAAUUGGCAAUAUUCUUGUGCAGUUUUGGUUUGUUAUAGAAGCGAAGGUAGCUAGUUACAAGUAUUAAGUUUCGUCCUGUAGACACCGUAUGUUGUUUGCCAAAACUGCACCUCGACUAUGUUUAGUUCUAUUGUAAAUAUGUAUCGAUUUGC